AUGAGCAGCAAAGCAGAAAUCUUUUAUUCAGAGAGCAGCGGCGAAGCCGAAGCCGAGCCGUACAAAAUCAGUACGGCUAACAGCGGCGAUGGCGACCAGCUCGCCAAGCUUGGCAAGAAGCCAGUGCUCAAGCGCAACUUCAACUUCAUAUCCAUCCUCAGUCUCAGCGUCACCGUGUUGAUCACGUGGGAGGCUUCCCUCGUCCUAUUCUCGCAGGGCCUCGAGAACGGCGGCCCCGGCGGGCUCGUCUACACCUACAUCAUCAUCUGGGUCGGCAACCUGAGCACCUUUUCCGCGCUGUGCGAGCUGGUCUCCAUGGCGCCGACCUCCGCCGGCCAGUACCACUGGGUGCACAUGCUCGCGCCCAAGUCCAGCCGCAACCUGCUCAGCUUCAUCACCGGCUGGAUCACCGCCGCCGGGUGGCAGGGCAGCGUCGCCUCGGCCGCCUACCUCUGCGGAAACCUCUCCCAGGGCCUCGCCGUCCUCACCGUGCCCAGCUACGUGCCGACGGGCUGGCAGAACACGCUGCUGAGCAUCGGCAUCGCGAUCUUCUGCCUGUUAGUCGCGCUGUACCUCAACUUCUUGCUGCCCAAGAUUGAGGUGUGCAUCCUGGUGAUGCACAUCACGGCCUUCGUCGGCAUCCUGGUCACGAUGGUGACCAUGGGCGAGCAUGGCGAUGCGCACAGCGUGUUUGCGACGUUUAACAAUGGUGGCAACUGGCCGACGCAGGGCCUUUCCGUCCUGGUCGGCAUGAUUGGCAACGCUUUUGCCUUUAUCGGAGCCGAUGCGGCCUUCCAUCUGGCCGAAGAAAUCCACAAGCCGUCCAUCUACAUCCCGCGAGCGAUGGUCUCGGGCAUGUUGAUUAACGGUGUCCUGGGCCUGGCGAUGCUGAUUGCCGUCUGCUUCAGUCUCGUCAACCUGCCCGAUGGCCCGCCCCAGUUCAUUUUCCCCAUGCUGGACGUUUUCUUCGCGGUGACAAAGUCUGUUCCAGCAGCCGCCGCAAUGGGAUCCGUCAUCGCGACCAUGGGUAUUUUUGCCCUGAUUGGUCUCUUUGUUUCGGCGUCGCGUGUCUUGUGGUCCUUCGCCCGUGACCAUGGCGUCCCCGGCUGGCGAAGCGUCUCAAAGGUCAGCACAAGAACCCAGGUUCCGAUCUGGGCAGUCACCAUUACUGCCAUUAUCACCAGCCUCCUCACACUCAUCAAUAUCGGCUCCGAGGUGGCCCUAAACGACGUGUUGUCCUUAUCGAUUUCAUGUCUAUACGCGUCAUACCUUAUCACACUCGUUUUCUUUCUAUACCGUCGCCUCACGGGUGCCAUCGUCGAGCCAUACAGUGACGAGCAAGUCGACCCGGAUGCCCUGGUAUGGGGUCCUUGGCGCAUCGGUGGCCUGCUGGGCACGGUGAACAACAUUUUUGCUUGUUGCUACUUGGCAUUCGUCCUGUUCUUUAGUUUCUGGCCCCCUGCAACGCCGGUUAAAGCUGACACCAUGAAUUACUCCUUCAUGGGCACCCUGGCCGUGAUCGGCUUCAGCACCAUCUAUUACUUUGCGACGGCGAGGAAGCAGUUUAGCGGACCCAUUGUCGAAGUACAUACUGCCUCUGGUUAG